UUCACUGUCUCAACAGGAACAUAAACACAAGAUAAUACGUAAAUAGCACAGGCCAAAACGCGCUGAAAUACCUAAUUUUCCCUUUUCGUCCUGUAAGAAGCGGCCAAGCUCCCUCACUAGAAAGAAUGAAGAAUUCUGCCUUGCUUUUGAUUGGAUUUGCGUGGAUGAUCACCCCAGCAGAGUCGCGGAGUAGGUGCUAUAGCUGUACAAGUUCUGUAUCAUGGGAUGACUGCGAACGCAAGCAAAUGAGGCGCGGGUGCCCUGUGGAUUCCGACGUAUGCGUGACAGCCUCAGUCCGAGUGACGUCAGAUAACCGUGAUGUAACGGCAUACUUCAAAACUUGCACUACGCGUGACAGGUGUAACGCAAGUUCUGUUGCAGCAUGUAACGUGGAAGGGACUGACAAGUCGGUUGAAUGCAGUAUCCAUUGUUGCUAUGGGCUCUACUGCAAUUUCAAAUAUGAGGAGGUCACAACUGAAAAUUCGCAAUCCUUCAAAAGAGCCGAAUUAGCGUUCCCCUGUCGUCCACCAUGUCUAAUCUACAGCACCGACACUGACAUCCGGGGUCUUGAGCUGCUCACACCAUCCGGGAUCACGGCGCGUCACGCAAUAGGCCUGUCACGCCGUGGCCCCGUUGUGGGGUUUCAAGGUCAGAAGAAAAUCCGCGCGCUCGACGUGCACGUGGAGAAAAUGCUGGUUUUCUGGAGUGACGUCGGAGACAAGGUGAUCAAAAGAGGUAAUCUCAUUACUGGUGAGGUUGUUACGGUGGUCUCUGACGUGCAAGCCCAACACGAUGGGGUCGCUGUGGACUGGGCCACAGGCCUCCUCUACUGGACAAAUAGAGACAAAAAGGCGAUAGAGGUCGCGAAGCUUGAUGGAAGUUUUAGGAAGACUUUGAUAAAAGACAACCUUGUCGGCCCGAAAGGCAUUGUGGUAGACCCACGAACAGGCCUUAUGUUCUGGACAGACAAGGGGACACCAAAGAUUGAACGCGCCACCCUAGCCGGUCGUGACCGCAUCAGCCUCGUUACCACGGCCCUGAAACGCCCAGAGGGGCUGGUCAAUGACUACGCCUCCAACCGUCUGUACUGGUGCGACCCUAUCCUAGAUUACAUCGAGUCUAUUGACUAUGACGGGGGAAAUCGGCGAGUGCUGUACAAGAACGGGGUACACCCUUUCGAUAUGGCCAUAUAUGGGCAUAUGCUUAUCUGGAGUGACCUGGGGAUUAAUACCGUCGAGCGCGUGGACAUGAGGACUGGGGUCAAGCUUAGUACACUGGUUACUUUAAAGGAUAACUGGGCGACCGGGAUCGCUGUGUUACACUUAUCGAGGCAGCCAAUUGUGGCCUCUCCCUGUGGCGACAACAAUGGCGGCUGCAGUCAUUUAUGCUUACCGAAUGGUGACGCCAAAUACAUCUGCGCAUGUCCAGAUGGGGACUCGAUAUCUGCUGACCAGAAAAACUGCAACUCAGUUGCUCCAUCCGUGAAUCCAAGAAAAACUACAAUCGCGACCACUACGAGCUCACCAACACAAACAACAACAAAAGCUGCAGCAUCUACUAAAACUCAGUCCCAAACUCCUACAACUGCCAAGACUCAGGCUCCAUCUACCACGAUGUCCACCGAGUCUCCCUCCACCACAAUGUCUGCCGAGUCUCCCUCCACCACAAUGUCGACCGAGUCUCCCUCCACCACAAUGUCCACCGAGUCUCCCUCCACCACAAUGUCUACCGAGUCUCCCUCCACCACAAUGUCGACCGAGUCUCCCUCCACCACAAUGUCUACCGAGUCUCCCUCCACCACAAUGUCGACCGAGUCUCCCUCCACCACAAUGUCGACCGAGUCUUCCUCCACUAAAAUAUCGACCGGGUCUCCCUCCACCAGAAUGUCGACCGAGUCUCCCUUCACUACAAUGUCGACCGGGUCUCCUUCCACCAGAAUGUCGACCGAGUCUCCCACCACUACAAUGUCGACCGAGUCUCCCACUACCACAAUGUCGACAGAGUCUCCCUCCACCACAAUAUCGUCGGAGUCUCCCUCUUCAACAAUGUCGACCGAGUCUCCCUCCACUACAAUGUCGACCGAGUCUCCCUUCAGCAGAAUGUCGACCGAGUCUCCCACCACCACAAUGUCGACCGAGUCUUCCUCCACUAAAAUAUCGACCGGGUCUCCCUCCACCAGAAUGUCGACCGAGUCUCCUUCCACUACAAUGUCGACCGAGUCUCCUUCCACUACAAUGUCGACCGAGUCUCCUACACCAGCCUUUCCAGGUACAUUCCAUUUGUGUGAGCAUAGCAGUGCGACAUUGUCGUGUGAUCAGGGAAAACGACUGUCCAUUAUCUCAGCCAACUACGGUCGCACCUUUGACCAGCGGAUUUGCCCACACUAUGCCAUGCGCACAACGCACUGCCAAUCUGCGUACGCUAGGGAUGUCAUUCACUGCGCAUGUCACAGUAGACGCUCGUGUCGUUUGUACGCGAAGAAUGAAGUGUAUGGAGAUCCAUGUCCGGGGACUUUUAAGUACAUCGAAGUCAGAUAUUCAUGUGUGUAGGGUUGCGGGACCUUCAAGGCCUUUACCAGGAGAUCUGUACAAUACAUCACAGCCCUAAAGGCCCUUAGCUAAUAAGGCAUUACUUUCGAUAGAAAUGGAUAACUACAUACAACUACAUGUACAAGUAUAUAAAUUUCUUAUUCUGAUACAAGUGGACUGGUGCCUGAAAGACGUUUUAUCUUUUACACUCUGUACUGAUAGAAAGAAGAUCAAUAAAUUAUUACAUCUGAUAAGUCUAUCAGGAAGAUAAAA